UACAGUUUACAAUAGACGUUUACUUCACAACACUACAACCUCAUUCACGUUUACAGGUGUUUUACUCUCGCAUUUCGCAUUCAUGUCUCGUUUAAAACGAGGAGCACAUGUGGACUCUAGAGCGGGAUUUAGGCAGGAGAAAGAGGACUGUCCUGUCCCGUACGGUUUACUGAAAGCUGCUAGAAAGAGCGGGCAGCUCAAUCUGUCCGGGCGCGGUCUGACUGAAGUUCCUCAGAGUGUGUGGAGGCUGAAUGUAGACACACCUCAGGAAGCUCAGCAGAACUUGUCAUUUGGAGCCGCAGAUCGAUGGUGGGAACAGACAGAUUUGACCAAACUUCUGCUGUCCUCCAACAAACUCCAGAGCCUCUCUGAAGACGUCAAACUCCUCUCUGCCCUGGUGGUGCUGGAUAUCCAUGACAAUCAACUAAACUCACUGCCAGAUUCUGUUGGAGAUCUAGAGCAACUACAGAAGCUCAUAUUGAGUCACAAUAAACUGACAGGCCUGCCUUCGGGUCUUUGGAGACUUACAAACCUGCGAUGUCUUCAUCUACAACAGAAUCUGAUCGAACACAUUCCCCAGGAUUUGGGUCAGCUGGUGAAUUUAGAUGACCUUGAUCUUUCCAACAAUCAUCUAAUGGACGUUCCAGAAAGCCUGGCGCACCUGAAAAAUCUUGUGAAAUUGAAUUUGUCCUGCAACAAGCUCAAGAGCCUCCCUCCUGCCAUCAGCGAAAUGAAAAACCUGAAAAUGCUGGACUGUUCCCGGAAUCAACUGGAGAGCAUUCCUCCUGUCUUGGCUCAGAUGGAGUCCCUUGAGCAGCUUUACUUGAGACAUAACAAGCUACGCUUCCUUCCUGAACUGCCCUGCUGUAAAACACUCAAGGAGCUCCACUGCGGGAACAACCAGAUUGAGGUAUUGGAGGCAGACCAUUUGAAGCACUUGAGUGCUCUGAGUUUCUUGGAGCUCCGAGAUAACAAGGUGAAAGGUCUUCCUGAAGAAAUAACUCUACUGCAAGGCCUGGAGCGGCUGGAUCUUACUAACAAUGACAUCAGCAGUCUGCCGUGUGGACUUGGCACAUUACCCAAGCUGAAGGCUUUGUCUCUGGAGGGCAAUCCGCUGAGGUCCAUCCGCAGAGACCUCCUGACUAAAGGCACUGGUGAGCUCCUGAAAUAUCUCCGAAGUCGAGUACAAGAGCAACCAGAUGGGGGCUCGAAAGAAGAGCCAAAAACGGCAAUGACCCUCCCGAGCCAAGCUAAAAUCAAUGUGCAUGCCAUCAAGACUCUGAAAACACUAGACUACAGUGAGAAGCAUGAGGCGUCCAUCCCAGACGAGGUGUUUGAUGCAGUUGACGAUAGUCCUGUGGCCAGUGUAAACUUCAGCAAAAAUCAGCUGACCGAAGUUCCUUCCAGAAUUUUGGAGUUAAAGGACACCCUAGCAGACAUCAAUCUUGGGUUUAACAAGCUAACAACCAUUCCGCUGGACUUUUCCAGGUUAAAACAACUGGUACAUAUAGAUCUCAGAAACAACCUGUUGAUCUCACUGCCAGUGGAGUUGGAAGGCUUGAACAAGUUGCGGAGUGUCAUCAUCUCUUUUAAUCGCUUCAAGUCAUUUCCAGAAGUGCUGUACCGCAUCUCAUCCCUUGAGACCAUUUUAAUCAGUAACAAUCAAGUUGGAGGCAUUGAUCCAGUACAAAUGAAGACCCUAAAUAAUCUGUCUACUCUGGAUCUGUCCAACAAUGAUAUAAUGCAAGUGCCACCGGAACUUGGCAACUGUACCAGUCUGAGGGCUCUAAUGCUUGAUGGGAAUCCUUUCCGUAAUCCAAGAGCUGCCAUCCUCAGUAAAGGAACAGAUGCUGUCCUUGAGUAUCUCCGAAGUCGUAUUCCAACAUAAUCUUCAUAAGUUUAAUGUUACUUUAACAAUCGUUGAUAGACGAUCAAUUCUUGUGCCAUAAUACUUCCUUUGCACUCCCUGACCGUAUAAAACAAUAAUAAACAAUUUCCUGCCACUUUA